UUUCUUUCCUUGAAUCUUUACAUUUUUUUUAAUUACUUAUACUGUAAAAUAUCAAAGGAUGCUUCCCAAAAGACGUGUUUUAGAUCUACUACAAGUGAUUUCCUCUCAAUCAUGCAAAUGUCCAGCUCAUGGGAAUCCAGGAGUAACAACUAGGCAUGAAUUAAGAAAUGUUCAGAGUACAGUUGCUAAUGCUACACCAACAAAGGAAUAUGCCUUUGAGAUGGCUUGUUCUACAGUACGUUAUGGUGUAGGUGUUACGAGAGAAUUGGGUAUGGAUAUGCAAAAUUUUGGUUCAAAAAAUGUAUGUUUAAUGACUGAUCGAAACUUAAUAAAUUUACCACCUGUUAAAACUGCAAUGGAUAGCCUUACGAAAUUUGGGAUUCAAACCACAGUUUAUGAUAAUGUUCGUGUAGAGCCUACAGAACAAAGUCUCAAAGAUGCUAUUGAGUUUGCUAAACUUGGAAAAUUCGAUGCCUUCAUAGCGGUAGGUGGUGGUUCAGUAAUGGAUACUUGUAAGGCAGCAAAUCUUUAUAGCUCUGAUUUAGAAGCAGACUUUCUAGAUUAUGUGAAUGCACCUAUUGGAAAAGGAAAACCAGUUGUAGUACCACUAAAACCAUUGAUAGCAGUACCAACUACAUCUGGUACUGGUUCAGAAACAACUGGUGUUUCCAUCUUUGACUAUCAACCACUUAAAGCCAAAACUGGAAUUGCUAAUAGAGCUUUACGACCUACUUUGGGUCUGAUUGAUCCAAAACAUACAUUGAGCAUGCCAGAAAGAGUCUGUGCCUAUUCUGGUUUUGAUGUGCUGUGCCAUGCUCUUGAAUCUUUUACUGCUAUGCCAUACACAGAAAGAAAACCUUGCCCUUCCAAUCCGAUUCUUAGACCAGCUUACCAGGGUAGUAAUCCCAUUAGUGAUGUAUGGUCAAAAUAUGCACUUCAAACAAUGCGCAAAUAUUUUAAAAGAGCAGUAUAUAACCCAGAUGAUCUUGAAGCUAGAAGUAGCAUGCAUCUUGCAAGUACUAUGGCAGGUGUUGGGUUUGGUAAUGCUGGAGUUCAUCUUUGUCAUGCACUAUCUUAUCCCAUUAGUGGAAAUGCACAAUACUUUCAACCUGAGGGUUAUAACAAAGAUCAUCCUAUAGUGCCACACGGUCUUUCAGUUGUCAUAUCAGCACCUGCUGUAUUUUCUUUUACUGGAAGUGCGUGUUCAGAAAGACAUUUAGAAGCUGCUGAAUUACUUGGUGCUGAUAUCAAUCGAGCAAAGAGAAGCGAUGCUGGCAAAAUACUAGCAGACACUGUGAAAGAGUACAUGCAAGUAAUGAAGAUUGAGAAUGGUUUGGCCGAAUUGGGUUUCAAAAAAGAAGAUAUUCCUGCUUUAGUUGAAGGCACAUUACCGCAGCAUCGCAUCACAAAAUUAGCACCACGAGAACAAUCAAAAGAGGAUCUUGCACAAUUAUUUGAAAGUUCAUUCACAAUUUAUUAG